AAAACUACUUUCCUACUUUCGUGGCUCUGCUUCCUUGCGCGCGUGAACAGCACCUGAACUGGGGCUAUUUUUAGCCCUGUGUCUGCGAGCUGCGCGUCGAGCACCGCAUCGGACCAUCUGUCUUGCUCCUCCGUCAGGUUGUAGGCAGGUUUCGGGUACACCGAGCUUCGCUGUCUUCUCGCUCCUUCAUCUGGCCAGGUGUGUUGCAAAUGGGACUCACCUAGCCCUUUUUGCUCACAGAGCACGUGUUUGUCGGAAAACUGUGUAAUAGCUACCUGGCCCCCAAGCCAAAAAGGGUUCCUAUCAGUGAAAACUGUGUCGUGCGACGACAACGUUUUCCAAGAAAAGGAAAGGAGAAUCGUCUGCUUGUUAUCUAUUCAUUGCCGUGUGAUGGAGUUGUAGACUGCUGCGAGUAAAGUGAAGACUGACUAUCAGACUCCAGCAGGUCCAGACUACAACGGGAAGCUGUCGACGGCCAUCGACCACUUUCUCUACUUCUUCAAUACCCUGGCACCCUACCCACGACGGUGGAGGGGUUUGUUAUACGCUGACUUUUAUUAUUCUGUCCUUCGCGACACUUCCAGAAGGUGAGUGCAGCUCGUGCCCUUGCAUGCUGGCCAACCCAGCCAGACAAAAGAGCAAGCAAGUACGGAGGCCUCUGCACGUGGACUUCUCGGUGUAGAGGGCGGCGUUCAGCGCUUCCCUUGUCUUACCAACAGCUUGAGGGAUGCGACGUGCUCUGCAAGUUCGAGCACGUGACAAACUUUUGGACCAAUCGGCUUCGUCACCUUCCACCAUCGGCUUGUGCUAAGGGGCAAUCGAUCCCAUUGCUUCCGCCCUGAAGCCUCCGAUCGCGUGCCGCGGAAAGCUAUAAAUAUCUUCGCACCAGAGCAGCCGGCAGUCUCUCCAUCGGUGGUCUAUUUCUGUUCCGCUGAUCAUUAGCUCCCCUGCAUGCGUCUCGCUUCUCCAUCGGGACGGCGGAAGACAAGAAGCCUGCCUUUUGCACACUCGCAGACUCGCAGCAAGUUGUUCCAAGUUUUCGCGUGAAACACGACAUACAGCACGCGCAGGCACAUGCAAGGCACACACCAAGAAAUCGCUCCACAGAGUGGCUGAAGAGGGAUUGGACAGACGAGCUGGUGGCUUAAUCGUUGUCCUCAUCGGAGUAGUUGACGUCUUGUAUACCUAUCUCACACUUCAGCAGUGCGUGCGCUUACUCAUUCCAGCACAGCGAUAUCUGGAGGAACAGGAAAACAAAAAUCACACAGCACCGUGUACUUCUUCCCUCGGGGUUCAGUCGUGGAUGUAGUAGUCAGCGGUUCCUCAGUCGCACGUGCAAAAGUUGUGCGAAUUCUCGUAAAUGAAGACCGACAGCAUUCAAGUAAGGAAAUAUCUCCAGUGGAGGGUCUAACAUCUGAUGUGAGUGAGGACGAGCAUCAACAGUGCAGUGAUUGUUACCUUAACCACGAAAGCUGUGCACUAGCUUGACGGCGUGUAGCACCUUGUCAGCACCAGCAAGUAAAAGUGGCCUCGGGUCAGCAGCCUUGAGUGGCCUGGAGUUUUGCACCUGUCCUUUUGCGUUCCAGGAAGACCUUUCGAAGGAGAUCAGCGGACUGUACCGCCAUCUUGUUUCUGAAUAUAUACGACACCUUUAUUUCUAACACUAUUUAACCUCCCAUCAAUAACAACCACCACCUUCAUCAAGGACUCUGUGACAACUCUCAGAAACGAAGUACACCUUUAUUUUAUUCUUUAAAGAGUGAAAAGGUGAAAGAGCAGAUACCGGUAGUGUGUUCACACCCGUGUGCGGCGAUUUCUGCCGCUCGGCGAGGUGACCAAGCAGUCGAAUCGUUGUUGUUGUCGUCGUAACAGCUGUUGUUGGUGUUUGCGACGAGCAUCCUGGCUGGCGUGAAUAUGCCUGAGGUUCUUCCUCCAACUUUGAUGGUGCCAGACAGCGGCAGUACCAGUAGCAGCGACUCUCCCAAAUCGACAAAGAGUAAGAAGCUCAUCAAGUUCAGCCCUCACUUGCGCAAGAAGUCGCGGUCGAAAGAUAAUGCAGUGAAGGACAUGGACUCCGGGGGCGCAGCACGUGACCAUGGCGACAGACUGCCCAAUGGGCUCAACGACAAAGAGAAGCAAGACUUGCAGCAAGUCUUCGAGAUGUUCGACAAGAACAAGGACGGCAAGAUCUCCUGUGAAGAGCUCGGCGUUGUCCUGCGGACGCUGGGACAUCGGUACUCCCAGACAGAAGUCGAGGAAAUGAUCAAGACGGCGGACAAGAACGACAACGGGUUUGUGGAGUACGACGAGUUCCUUCUGAUGAUGAAGAAGUGGUCGGCCAGCCCCGCCCAGCAGGCCCAGGACGCGGACGACAACGAGAAGGCCCUUGAGGCAUUCCGCAUCUUCGACAUGGACGGUAACGGGUACAUCGACCGCCAUGAGUUGCGCUUCAUCAUGUCAAAGCUUGGCGAGAGCCCGUGCGAGGAGGACAUCUGCGAAAUGUUCCGAUUGGCUGAUCUCAACGGGGACGGCUUGAUAGACUAUGAAGAGUUCACCAUGCUGAUGGCCAACCUGAAUCCAGGGCCCUCACAGCCAGCCUCGUCCUCGGCUACCCCUACCUCCUCCAAAGCUUCCUCCUCAUCCAAGGGAGUCAAGAAGAAGUAAGCAUCUUGCCCUCAGCUAUCCAACCGUGAAAGGGUGACCUUGACGUCCAAUAUCGACCUUGACCUUAAUUUAGCCACUCCUGAUAGGUGGCCACCUGAUUUUCAGGUGAUUUUUUUUUUCUUCUUUCCCUCCUUAUUUUGGGGGGAUCCCUUUCCCUACUGGACUGGACGUAGUCGAAGGUGCGACUACAGCGACGAGCUCGUCUUUCGAUCACUUAAUCCCCCCUCCCUCCCACGUGACCUCUCGUCAAGCGUCAGCACAAUCGGUCAAGGUCACUCUUUCCGCCAGCAUUUCUUCAACCACAACUUCGCCUGACACUCCAUGUUGAAAGGACAACCUGCAGACCCCAGUAGCUGCCACGAUCUUCUUGUUAGUCUUUAGUUCACUUCACUACUCCCUCUUGUCCACGUCACCAACACACCAAGGGAGAAGGUGGCGAGAGUAGUCACGUGACAAACAUGCGGCGUCUGUGAAGGUUCAGCCCUGAGGGGCGUCAACUUGCCCCUAAACUGGUCGUGUAACUUUUCAGUCCAGACUGGUUCAUUCAAGAUUCCGUUUUGCAGGACAAACAAGAAGAAGUAACUUACUGUCGACACCACGAAAGGUGGAACGUUGUCGCCCCCCUCUCUGGGGAGACAGUGAGUGAAACGUGUGUUUGCUGGAAGUACAGGGUAAGUCUGCGGGAUCCAGAUGAGGGAAUGUUCCAGACGAGGACAUCAAAUUCCUUUCUAGCUCUUCACGGCUUCCCUUUUAACGUGGCUGCCUCAAGGGACUGCACUUCGCUACACUGUUGAUGCAUAUCAAGAGUGCUUGUUCUUGGAAAUCUCGAGGGAGUAUGUAUGUUCGAGCGAAAACAAAACAUAACAAACCUCUGGACUGGACAAAACUAGUAAUUGUCUUUUUCGAAAGUUUAUUUCGUGUAGAAUUUUUUUCUAAAAGAAAAAACUGUGUAUUAUUAGCAAUGUUCGCACAAUAUUCUAUCAACUUGUGAACUGUACGUGUUCCAUUGAUAUCUAGAAGAAUCGUUAGUCAAAAUACUGCAACUUUGAAAAACGCCUGGCCUUAAACGCCUGUUACUAAAUAACUCGGCACUGAUCAGGUCUCCCUGACUCAAGCGAUGUGGACACAGACAAUGGUCUGUCAGUAAAGGUAGUCUUGAUAAUUUUUUUUAAGGCAAACCAAGAAAGUUUAACUCAGCGCUUUUAUCAGCUGCACGCAACUGUGACGCAAGGAUUCAGAAAUCCGGAAGCGGAAUAGCAGAAGCAGGACUGUACGCCGGACACGUCUAUUCUCGUUGCACCCAUCGUUGUGAUUAUCGGCGUGAUUAUCUUCUCCUUCACAUCCGUAAAUUUUCUACCCUACUCUUCAGAUUGUAUCAUCCUAGGUUAGAGAUAACGUUUUGCUUAAGUUACAGUGCAGGCGAAGUUUGAAAUGUUCCUCAGUCACGAAUCACGUUUUGACCAAAAUCCAGUAAAUGUCGUUGAAAGUAUCGUUAGCAUGCAUUACGAUUUUAUACGCACAUGUUUAGACAGCAAACAGUGGCUCUUGAAGAGCUUCGGUAGGUUUUUGUCGGGGCUAAAGGAGGAAGAAACUAAACGGGGUUUGUGCAAGACUGAAGUAUUCAGAAAUUCCGAGAUGGUUUGAUAUUACGUGUACACAGUAAUAGGAAAGUCUUACUCCAUGUUUUACAAAUUUUAGAAGCAGGACUGGAGCUUCAGUUACAACCGAAUGCAAAGAUGUUUUGUUCCCAUUAUCUGAGCUUGAAAAUGACUUCAGCCAUUAUUUGCCUUCGUCAAGUAUCAUUGGCUAAAGUGCACUAGAGUAUAACAAGUUGAAGUUUUUUUUUCUUUCUCUGUUUUUGGUUUGUUUUUUUGACACAGUCGUGAAUUUGAUGUUUGUAAAUGAGCAGCAGAAUAUUAACGAAGGUUAUGAGAGGCUAUGAUAGCUGAUUUCAUGCCUUCAUUCGUUUUCUAAAAGUUUUCAUAUCAGGAACACGUAGGACUGCUUGAUACCAUCUUUCCUCUUAUGUCCUGCCCCAUACCCCGGGUCAUUCAGUGAGGAAUAGACGAUUUUCAGCACUUUCAUUGCAGCACCACCCUAAAUACAGUUUGCCUCUUUCUCGUGUCCACUGCCCUUGGUGCGGUUUAUUAUGUAUUUGCACACAUUCACCAUGGCAACACUGCGUCACAGUUUUAAAAAAAAUGUCAUCUUUGUUCACAUUCCAUUUCCCAUGCUCCACCUCUUCCUCCACCUGAUUACCCUGUUAAUAACCAACGACUCUGUAUUUUGUUGUUUGCAUACGUGAAUGCUGUUGUCACGUCGGGUUUGUGGUCGAUGAAGUGUGUUUCUUUCCCAUUUAUGACUUUUUUGUAACUUUAACGUUUCCCGUAUUUUACUUUUCUUUCUUUGAUUUCCCCGGGUUCUGCCACAGAAAACUUUGACAAUUUAUUAUAACAGAAUCGAUUUAAUCCCGGGUUCAUUUUUUAUUUUGGCAUUUUUCGAUUUAAACCAGAAUGGUUUUUUGUUAGUUUUUCAUAUCCUAUAACUGAAUAAUAACUUAAAGAUAGCUCCACAGGCCGGUAGACCGUGCCCUGUGUCCUCUCCGUGAACUUUCAUCAACAGUUAUUUUUUUUAUAAGAACAUUAAGCCAAAAAGAUAUUUAGCCAAACUAAAUAAAGUGGAUCUCUCGCAGUUAACUAUCUUCACAGCGUUUUGAACUAUGGGGAUAAAGUAUGUGACCGAAGGACGGCAGCUUAGCGAACAACUAGACUUUAGUCUUCCCUCCCUUCACCAUCUCAAAGAUGUGUGCAUCUACUACAUUUGAAUGCUAGAGGAUAUGGAUAAGUAGAGGAGCAGGAUGAAUGUCCGUGGUAAACACCGUUGAGUUAACCAAACUCAACACUAAUAAACACACAGGUGUUCAAGUUUUGAUUUUUUUCUUAGUUUUGCUGAUGGUUAAUGUCACAGGAAGGUAUCACUAUCUCUAUAAAACAGUGACUGUGUUCUCGAAAAUUAAAUACCACAUCCUGUUCCUUCCUACAAGGAUGUUGGGAUAUAGUGGUGUGACUGACAGACAAAUGACCUGUAGAGCGCUGCCAUUCACGGCUGAGGGGUGGUGACAACUCACCUGGAUGCUUGGCACAACUACCAGUUGAUUAGUCUGUCACCAGUACUCGUCCCACGUCACACAUGGGCACCAGGGAAUUCUGGGUACUUCGACGGCCAGUGACAGAAAUGAAAUCCUUGGAAUGCUUCAAAGAGAAUGUCUUGGAGAAAGUCCCGGUAUGCAAGAUGGGUGUGUGGUAGACGGGGCGUAGAGGCUCCAAGAAGCUUCUUUGUCUGCAAAAUUUGGCAACAAGCAGAUGAACCAGUCACUCUCCGCCGUAGAGACUUGCCGCUCAGGGUAGAAGGGUAGAGGUCAUUUAAUCACAUCGUCGGUAGAGGAACCAAUUACAGUGAAGUAAAUGGGAUCGUCAUAGAUCGCUGCUUCUGGUCCUGAUUAAACUAAGCCGCUCAGUACUAAGACUGCCUGCUUGGCAUAAUGCAUUCGUGUCACCACGCAUGCGCGUUGAGUAGAUAUAUUUUUAGAUGAAAACUUUGGAGAAUGUGGACAGCAGAAAGAUGUUUUCACACACGGGUACCCGCCAAACACAUCUUCCCCCUCCCCCAACCCAAAGACUGAUAUAUAAAGGCAACCGAUACUCAAACCUUAAUAUAAGCAAAGUACGCAUAUGGUUAUCUAGCUUUCCCCUUGAAAAAAGAAAAAAAUUCCUGAAGGUAUUAAAAUAUUUUAAUUUAGCAACUCGUUGUAAAGCCAAUGUACUAGAGGAAAUUAAUUCUUUUGGGGGUCCUGGAAGCUCAGAAGCGAAACUGUAUUAAUGGCAGCACAAGUCUCCUAGUUGUGCUUGCAAGAAAUGAGACCAGUAGCUGCAGUAGGGACUUGCUGACGCCACUGCCAGACAGACUUGGAAUUAACGACUCUGGCUGACAGCAUUGGGAAACAAGACCACCCCUUCCCUACUUCUUAGCCCGACUGUCUUCCCCCCACCACCCUCUCACCUGUAGGACCAAUGCUUGGCAAGACAAGCAGAGAUUAUGUCCUUUUUUGCUGUUUAUUAUCUGCCUUACUACAAUGUUCCAUUGUUGUAGCAAAUUUUAUUUAUCUCCUGAUGUCGGAGGCCUUCACGGUAUUUGACAAAAAUGUUGAUAUUUUUUAAAUCCAACCGGAACACUCGUGCUUAGCCUAGAUUUUGUGAAUCCUUCAACGUUUAUCAAAUCUCAAGUAUUUACUGAUGGUGCACUUGCAAUCUUACUCGGUUGUUAAUGGUUCCUCGCGCCCAGUAACCAGUAGGAUAAGGAAAGGUAGAAUUACGGAACGGGAGUUGCCGUUCUUGGGUAGGGGUGUCGAGCACUCUUACAGACAGCUGGUGAUGGUAGUGGGAGGAGUUGCAUUGCCCUUGUCAGCAUCCACGCUCGACUUCCAGUUCCGGAACCUGCUGCUCCACUUGCAGUCAGGCACACACGUUCAUAACUAUGUAAUAUUUACUUCUCUUUCUCAGUGUUUCCACUAAAACUGAACAUGCAAAAUUGCUGGCAACGGCGAUAUCUAUGCAGCCUUACCUGUAGGAAAGAAAGAUGUAAAGAAAUAAAUCGGUAGUUUCAAGAAGUAGGGAAAAACUGCCUGGUCACCAGUUAAGUAACUUUUAAACAAGGGCAAACAAUUCAGGAGACAGAAUUGCACGGCUGUGUCUUUAACGAUUCCUUGAUGCUUUUAAAUAGUUGUGGACAGUCGCCAGAGCUUUUGUGAAGCAGCUGAAAACACGUUUGCAGAAUGACACUCUUCGGGCAAGUAAGAUACUUACCGUCAAAGACGCUUACCUGUCACAGUUCGGGGUUAAUGAUAAGUUUCUCAACGUGACCCUUUGUCGAAUAUGUGACUUCGUUCUGGCAAAUGUUUUAAUGAUUGCAGUAUGAAAAUAUGCAAAAAGCAUUGACAUGCAUUCGACGGCAUGUUUCCGGUUUAAGAAGACCCUUUAAGCGUGUGUGACACCGCGAGAUCUCGUUCUGAACCACCACCACCACCUUUCAUUGUCACAUUAUUCAUUAUCUUUUGACGCCUACUCUCUGUCCUCAUUAGUAAUGACCCUCUCCCCCAGUUUUAAUGAUCCUCUCACUAAAUAAAGGCUCGUGUCGUCUUUAGAUGUCGACGAAAAUAUGCAAAUGAUGAGGGCGUGCUUGUGUGCGCGCGCGCGUGACGUCACGUGAUGAAGGGAGGGCGCGACGAAAGUACAGAAUAUGCAAAUGACAACUGUAACAACGGGCGCGUGCGCGACUGCGUCAUCACAUCUGUGUGUAUGUGUGUGUGUAGCACGGACUGUUCGUGAGAGGCCUCCGCGGAGUACCCCUCCCCCCUGAACCUCUACUCUUGACAUGCAUUUUUACUUAGAACAUAAUAUCUGUCUGAUUAUUUCUGUGUUGACCGUUGAAGAGAUACUUGCAUAAUGCAAUUCUAUUUUUGUACAAUCCUUUUUCGUUUUGUGUAGCAAGGACCGCGUUUAGCCUCGUGUUGCUCGUGUUCGUCGAUUCUUAGAAGAAGGCUCGACGCAAAUGACUGUUUGCAUUUCAAGCCCUCUGGAUAGUUUCAGAUCUUAGUAAGUUUGUUUUGACUGUGUGUUUACAGCUGGCGUCAUAUUUCCUCACCGGUCUUUGAAGUAGUCUUUACUAAAUGUUGAAUGACACUUUAUUCCUGGUUUUUAAAACCCUCGUUCAGAGGCACGGUUUCAUCUUCUGAUGAUAACGGACGGGUCACGUGACGAAACAGGUCUUUUUUUUUUUUCUUUUUUGUUUUGUUUUGUUUUUGCAAACACGAAAUAGUUCUUCGCGCAAUGAAACGGAUGUCAUUCUGAUGGCAGUUUGGAGACCGUUAUUGUCAGCUAUUAUCGGUCCUCCAGUUACCCUUGUACCCUGUGUGCGCGAGCAGCCUAGAAUAUCGUGUGCUGUACCGCAGGAGGAGAAUGCAUAUUGUCGCUUUGGUCAUUGAAAUGAUUAUCAGGCUAGUCGUGCGAGUUCACCAGCCUGUAACUCCUUGUGAUCUAGAUUUAGGUUUCCCGACACUGAAAGUGAUAUUUUCACUGUAUGCAUGGCGGUGCAUGAGUGUGUAAAUUGCAGGGUUGGAGGCUGGGGGAUGGGGAGAGUACGUAGAGAAGGGAGGACGCCUCCCCUGUCGUCGUCUGUUGUGUCCAGUCUAUUUUCCCAGACAAAAGUUGUGAUAUUUGUGCAUAUUGGCAGUUUUGCUUUAAUUUCUACUCACCCACCCUCCCGCCCACCUAUUCGCUGUCAUGAUAUGCACUUAAGACUGUAAAUAGAUAAAGAAUUGUUCCUUUGUUCCAUUGCACUAUCCCAGCACCAUUGACUUGAGAUUUUUCUUAUAUGUGUAUUGCAUCCUCCAAUGUCAUGUCCACGCACUGUCAAUGUGAGGUGCAGUAGUCAUGUCAAGGUGGAAAUGUCGAGCGGAUGGUAAUGUAAGGAUGGCAACGUGUUGUGGCGUAUCAACAGAGCAAAGAAGAUACUGUCAGAUUGUUAUAUUGAGCUAUUUGGAACUUUAGUCCUUUAGUAUUCGUUGAAAUGAGGAUGUGAUACACAGUCCACGCCGAGGAUAGAUUGGCGAGUCGGCCUGUGGUGGGCCGCAGAGAGUCCGUGGGCUUAGUCCACAGACCUGCAGUCGCUAUGGAAGGGGGAGCACCAGUUACAAGUUUUUGUACAGUUUUAUGUUAUCGGCUCACACACACUUAGCAAAGAAAACUAGUGCGAGCACACACACACACAGUCUGCACCAUUCAUACGAUUGACAAACGCCACAGUUUUUGGUUGCGCGAUAGAUUGUGUUGCACAUGACGGGUUGCAAGCAAGUCGCUUCUGUCGGCAUAUAGCAGGGUUCAGCGAUGUGCUCUUCGCCUCAUCGUCUUGUCCACCCAGUCACCUCCACCACUACCACCCUCAUUCCACCUGCCAGUCUCACACGUAGCCGCACACGUCACAUGUCGUGUGACCAGAUGGAUGUCCGUCCACAGGACACACCGCAUCAUUGCCGGACAUCGUGAGCUGUACAUCAGCCUGCUUGCAAACGUCACAGAAGCCACUUGCAUUGUACCCGAACACUGGAGGUGCUGACAGAAUAAAGAGGGAAACGGGGAAUAUGGCAAAGAAAGCUUGAACUCUUACCACCUAUCCAUGUGCGACAUCAUGAAAUGUUUUUUGGAGGUUUUUUUUCUUUUUUGCGCUGUUUUGUUUGUUAUUGAUUUUUUUUCUUGGUGCAUGAAGGUCGUCCACGUCAGAAAGAGAAGAGCGAGAAAAUUGUCUGAGGUAUGUGUCAAUAAGGUACAAAGUUAAUAUAUAUCGUUUGGUGUUCCUUGCCUUUUUUUGAAUUUUUUUAAAAAAUAAUGUGCGUAAAACAUUUUUUAGCCUUGUUUUGUAUCCUACUUUUUAAGAAUAAAAAAUGCACUUUUGAAUAGCAGUCACCUUAAAUCCUAGUGGUGUCUGUUGUGUGUUCUUUGUCCUAUCAUACGAUUAGCCCAAAACAUUUGAAGCCCUUUUUUACUUGAGCACUUAGCCACCACACCAUAGAUACAGCAAAACCACAAAACACUUGUUAAUGCUGUAAUCUUAAUGUUUGUGUCUUUUUUUUCACGUGUCACUUAAAUCUCUUGAUGGUCAUGUUUCUUUAUUACUUGGCAAAAAAAGAAAAAGGGAAGAAAAGUUUAUAAACGUAAACAUAUAUUCGUUUCACAGGAUGCAACACUGGGCAGAUCAGAGCACAUUAAACGUUUCUGUUGUUGAUAGGGAAACAUGUCUGAGUGAUUUCCACCUCACCCACUUAACUUUUUUUGUACAUAUGUAUAUAUUCGCCAUGGUUCUCCUUUCCCCCACUUUUUGUUUCGUUGAUUAAAACCGUACGAGACACCACAUCA